AGAAGUGUUUGCAGAGCAGACUUGCCCAACAGUUUACUGCUGCAGAGAAAACAGUUGAGGUUUGCAGAAACGAAAUAAAUUUGGCUCCACAUUUUUAAACCAGCAAUCUUUUUUUCUGAAGCCGAAAAUGUUUCCCACCGUUUUUGUGACACUUUUGGUUGUCCUAAAACUACAGGAAGGCACAGGUGUUGGGGUUCAAGGAAUAAAUCUGCGAUGCCAAUGCAUCACAAAAGAGAAAACACCAAUAGGGCGCCUCAUAGGAGCGGUGGAAGUGAACCCUGCAAGCUCCCACUGCAAGGAAGUUGAAAUCAUUGCAACUUUUGCAAAGAACGGAAAGAAGAUUUGCCUGGACCCUGAAGCCCCAUGGGUCAAAAAAGUGGUGAAUGCAAUGAGGAAACUUCCUGGGUGGACACCUUGAAGAGCCGACCUCUGCUUACUUUUCAACAUGGAAAAGAAAAACAAUUAGAAUCUUGGACUACAAUACGGUUCCUUUUUUUAGAAACACACAUGCGGAAGCUUUGGCUUCCAAGAAAACAGUAUGGGUGAAGAGAAGUGACAUAAAGUCAUAAUUGUUUUUUCACAAGAAGAUACCAGAUAAAGUUAGCAGGAAUAGGCUGAUGCUUUUGUUUUGAUCACAAAGAAGGACAUAAAUAUCUAAAUGACUUAAAAAUGUUUUGUUUAUAAAUUUUUUGUCUUUAAUUCACCCUGACUUGAGAGCAGCUGAAAAAAAUUCCAAUGUACCUGUUUUACAUGUACAAAUGGUAAUAAAUCUCUUAUCCUUA